AUGGAAUGGAAAGGCUUGAUGUGCCAUAAUCAGGUGAGACCCAGAGCCACCUUCACCAUGUGGUUGCAGCUGCAUGGCCGAUUAUUAACAGUGGACAGAUUGAAUAAGUGGGGAAUACGAAUGGAUCCCAAGUGUGUCAUGUGCAAACAAGUAGAUGAAACCCGUGACCACCUAUUUGGAGAUUGCUACUUUGCCGCAACAAUAUGGGAUAGAUUACUACAUUGGUUGAAAAUGGGUCCGCAAGCUAGACUGACCUGGUCAGAGCACUACCACUGGAUAUUGCAUCAUACGAAAGGGAAGACUGUCCAGGCAAAAAUACUGAAAAUGGUGUAUGCUGAGUUUAUCCACUACAUUUGGCUGGAGCGAAAUGCCCGAGUGUUUGAGAAAAUGGAGAAGACAGAGGAUAUAAUUGCCCGAAGCAUUGUAUGCUGCUGCAACAUAAGAGCUCUACCCGCCAGUAGGAUAUAUUUAGAUAACUGCAUGUUCUGA